GUCAGUCAGUCAGUCAGAGACUCUUGAACUUUAACUCCACCUUUUCCUCUCCCUUUGCCCCCAAUUUCUCUUCUGAUUUACCUUGAUCCUUCUCAACCACCCAAUUCUUUUCUCUCACUCCCACGGGCUCCCUACCAGCCUACUACCAACAAGGGGUUUUUCACUUUUCUUCUCCUCAAUUGCUAUAAUUUGAGCCUUUGGGCCGUACCGCACCCGAUGGAGUCGCUUCUCCAGCAGUCCCGCGCCAUGUGCCCGUUUCUCAAGCGCACCUCCCCAUCCACUUUGCGCACUCUGUCCACCGCGACCCGUCCUAGCACCAGCUCCGGGGGCGGUACUAUGUCCAACCUUCAGGUUCUGGCCCGCCGCUGCCCUGUCAUGAGCAAGGCCCUGGCCGUGCAAAGUGCCCGUUUGGCCAACACCAAGCGGUUCACCUCUGGCGUCGCCGGCAUGGACCCCAAGUACUUCCGCCCUGUUCCGACCAAGCGCGGCUUGCAUUCGACCUCGGGGAAUGGAGCAGAUGUUGCUCCUAAUGUCUACAAGGAGUCGCAGAGAGUCGAUCCCACUUUCCCCGCUGCCAAAAGCCGCUUCGAAGCGCCUAGCGCAACCGUCACGGGACCCCGUCCUGACGCCCCGAAGGUCGCGCCUUUCGACUACAAUGCUUUCUACAAUGGCGAACUGGAGAAGAAGCAUAAGGACAAGUCGUACCGCUAUUUCAACAACAUCAACCGUCUGGCCAAGGAGUUCCCCCGCGCCCACACGGCCUCCCAGGAGGAGAAGGUGACUGUGUGGUGCUCCAACGACUAUCUCGGUAUGGGCCGCAAUCAGGAGGUGCUCAAGAGCAUGCACCGCACGCUGGACACCUACGGCGCCGGUGCGGGUGGUACAAGAAACAUUUCCGGACAUAACCAGCAUGCAGUAGCUCUCGAGGGCACGUUGGCUAAGUUGCACAACAAGGAGGCCGCUUUGGUCUUUAGCUCUUGCUUCGUUGCCAAUGACGCUACAUUGGCAACUCUGGGUAGUAAGAUGCCCGACUGUGUCAUUCUCUCCGACAGUCUCAACCACGCCUCAAUGAUUCAGGGAAUUCGUCAUUCUGGGGCUAAGAAGAUGGUGUUCAAGCACAACGACCUGGUCGACUUGGAGAACAAAUUGGCAUCUUUGCCCCUGCAUGUCCCCAAGAUUAUUGCAUUUGAAUCCGUCUACAGCAUGUGCGGUUCGAUUGCCCCCAUCGAGAAGAUCUGCGACUUGGCCGACAAGUACGGGGCAAUCACUUUCCUCGAUGAAGUGCACGCCGUCGGCAUGUACGGUCCUCACGGUGCGGGAGUUGCGGAGCACCUCGACUACGACAUUUACGCCUCUCAGGACACUGCGACCCCUCGUAGCACCAAGGGCACCGUGAUGGACCGGAUUGAUAUCAUUACUGGUACUUUGGGUAAGGCGUAUGGCUGUGUUGGUGGGUACAUUGCUGGCUCCGCUGCCAUGGUGGAUACCAUACGUUCUCUGGCGCCGGGAUUUAUUUUCACUACCUCAUUGCCUCCUGCGACCAUGGCUGGCGCGGACACGGCCAUCCAGUACCAAGCCGAGUACAAGCGGGACCGUGUCUUGCAGCAGUUGCAUACUCGGGCGGUGAAGGAAUCUCUUAAGGAGCUAGAUAUCCCCGUUAUCCCGAACCCCUCUCACAUCAUUCCCCUCCUAGUUGGAGACGCUGAGGUGGCCAAGCAAGCUUCGGACAAGCUCUUGGAGGAACACGGCAUCUACGUCCAAGCCAUCAAUUACCCCACCGUCCCUCGGGGUGAAGAGCGACUCCGCAUCACCCCCACUCCGGGCCACGUGAAGGAACACCGCGACCAUCUGGUUCAGGCGCUUCAAACCGUCUGGACCGAUCUGGGUAUCAAGCGCGCCAGCGACUGGAAGGCUCAGGGCGGUUUCGUCGGCGUCGGCGUCGAGGGAGCCGAAGCCGCUAACCAGCCUAUUUGGGAGGACGCCCAGUUGGGACUGCGCGAGGGUGAAUCUCUGGAGACUGCCGUUGAGCGGGAGUUCCAGGACGCGGCAGCCGAGGCGCUGCUCGCCCAGGCAACUGUCAGGAUGCAGACCGCCGCCGCUGAGAUCCGUCCUGCUGCUGCUGCCUCGGGAAUCCCUGUUGGUGUUGCCGCUUAGAUUCAUGUAGUUUGAGGAUUCUCAUGUUUUGAGAAAUUAUAUUUUGUGGAUGCACAGUGCCAUUAUCUCCACGUCCACUCUUUUGUUGGUAAUAACCAUGGAUCGCAUGACCUCUUAUAUGCUCGAGGGGGGAACUCUCGCCAUCAAUCUAUAUCACUUCUACCUCUUAACUACCUUGUCAAGUGAACAUAUGAUGAAUGAUAUGAAAUUGGAAUGGAGAGUCAAUAUACUAAAAUUCAAU